UCUAGGCCCAAACGGAAAAGGAAUUAACCUUAACCAAUACUACUAACACAAGGAUAAAAGGCCAAAUUACAAUGGACUACCCAUAACUACUAACAGGGUUCUGAUCAAAUUGUUCCGCUUGGCGAGAGUUGGUAGUAUUUGUGGAUGUUGCGACGAAGACCCACCUCAUGGGGCGGGAGGAUGAGUUGUGCAUGAUCAGUUAGGUAUGGUGGUGGUGGCUUCUAUCGUGUUCAUGGUGGAGUUGUUAGCCCUCUUAGAUGCGAUGCGGUGAUGUCAGUUCAGGGGUCUUUGUUCAAUGAUUUUUGUAGCAGAUGCUUAUGUGGUUCUCAUGAAGGUUUAGGAGAGGCAGCUUGAUGAUGCUCGGGGUGAGACGGUGUUGGAAGAGAUUUGUGCUUUGCGUGACUUAUUUGAACGGUUUGUUGGUCGUAGGCAUAAUAACUAAUAAGGUUGCCUAAUUGAUGGCAAAAAAAAAAAAAAAAACUCUUCCAUAGUUCCAUUCGUUUGUGGGGUUCAAUUUUGUUUAAUGGUUUUUUUUUCAGCUAAGUAACUUUUUUAUAUCUGGUUGUUUCUUGUUUUAUGAGUGAACUUUUGACAAAAAAUCAAAACGACCAAAUCACCUGCUAAUUAACUAUUGGAACAAAAUAAAGAAAGUGAACGCGUUUAGAUACUUGGAAGCAAAAUAAAUCAUCUUUGUCUAUUUCAUCCACCAAAUCAUAUCCAAAUUAUUAAUAAUGUAUCCAAAUUAUCACUAAUCCAUUUUUGGAUGGAAAAUACAAUUAUUAAUUACUUUCCUACUCCUCCUAUCUAUAAUUAGUAGUCAAUUAACAAGUGAAAUAUACAAUUUUCUUCAAAUCAAAAAUUGAAAACAUUCUCUUAGUGGGAGGCAAAUUCAGAAAGCCUGAAAGAGCAGUUUAUCGUAUCAAAUGAACAAUUCCAAAUAUUGGAAUAAGAAAUCGGGGGUUUUCUAAAUAUGAAAUUGUCUCAUCUCCAUCGUGCAUCCAUACAAACCUUUUCCUAAUUCCUUCCUACCCAAUCAUAUAACAAAUCCCCAUUAUAUAUCCACUAGUAGCUAGCCCAAUUGUUUAUUUUCCCCCUCUCUUCCCCCUUGAUUAUAAACCAAGGGAAUUUGCUUAUGUCUAGCUAGCCAUAUACCAAAAUCAUCCAUGGCAUUCUCAAGAAAUAUUCAUCAUCACCAACCAAAAACAUCCCCUCCAUCCUCCAAAAUACCCAUCAACAACAACAACAAUCAUUACUCCUCUAGUAACCAAAAGCUCUUCAUCACUUGUCUUUCCUUCCUCUCAUUCGCCCUGCUCCUCCUCAUUCUCUCUUUCCGUCCCAAACCCUCCAGUGAGUCCGCCGACUCACUAGCGUGGCUGGGAAACCGCCUCCAAGCUAUCGUCAGAAACGAUGUAGCGCAUCGGGAUGCCGAUACAACAGCUAGAAGUACUCCUCCUCAAAAAAAGGUCGCAGCAGGAGCAGGCAGGACGAGGAUCGGGCUCGUCAACGUAGACGAGAAUGUAAUGCGCUCCUACGAAGCCCUCAGGCUGGCAGAGGUUGUCAACGUUGACUUUCAACGUGUAUCUGCCAACCUGACGUGGAAAAUGUUCUUCCCUACGUGGGUCGAUGAGAAUGGGCCCCCGGACAGCAACAACAAUUGCCCGGAGGUGCCCAUGCCGAGGCUCGACGAGCCUCGGUACAAAGACCUGGACGUGGUGGUCGCAGAGGUGCCGUGCGGGGGAAGCAACAACGGGAGCGAAGGGAUCAGGGACGUGUUUAGGUUGCAGGUCAACCUGGUCGUGGCGAAUCUCGUGGUUGCCGCGGCGGGGAAUGGGGAUCGAACGGUCCACGUCGUUUUCAUCGGGUCUUGUGGGCCGAUGCCGGAGAUCUUCAGAUGCGAUGACAUGUUGACGCACGUAGGGGAUUAUUGGGUGUACCAGCCUGAUUUGAACCGGCUGAGGGAAAAAGUGUCGAUGCCUGUCGGGUCGUGCCAAAUUGCUCCUCCUUUUGGACCUGCAGGAAAAGAAUCAGGAAGAUCCAAUUUCCAAGCCCAGCCCAAUCACCAUCAAAAGCAAGCCUACGUAACAGUCCUCCACUCCUCCGAAGCCUACGUCUGCGGCGCAAUCGCACUGGCCCAAAGCAUCAAGCUCACCAACUCCACCAAAGACCUCAUCCUCCUCCACGACUCCUCCAUCACCCCGUCCUCCCUCGCCGGCCUCCGUUCCGCGGGCUGGACCACCCGGCCCAUCAAGCCCAUCCGCAGCACCUUCGCCCCCAAAAACUCCUACAACGAGUGGAACUACAGCAAGCUCCGUAUCUGGCAGAUCCAAGACUACGACAAAGUGGUCUUCAUCGACUCCGACCUCUUGAUCCUCCGAAACAUGGACCACAUCUUCCAGUACCCGCAGCUCUCCGCGGGCCCCAACGACAGGCACCUGUUUAAUUCGGGGAUCAUGGUCAUCGAGCCCUCGAGCUGCGCGUUCCAGGACCUGAUGACCAAAACGGACCAGGUCGCCUCCUACAACGGAGGCGACCAGGGUUUCUUGAACGAGAUGUUUACGUGGUGGCAUCGGCUGCCGCGGAAGGUCAACUGGCUCAAGGCGUUCGAGGUGAAGGGAGAUGGUACGGAUGUCGAGGAUGUGAGUCGCCGGCCCGGUGAUGAGGUUUAUGGGUUGCAUUUGCUGGGGAUGAAGCCGUGGAUGUGUUAUAGGGACUAUGAUUGUAAUUGGGAUUCGGUGGAUCAUCAUCAAUUUGCGAGUGAUGCAGCUCAUAGGAAGUGGUGGGAGGUUUAUGAUGCUAUGCCUAGGAAGUUGAAAGGUUUUUGUGGGUUGAGUAGGGAGGUGGAUGAGAGGAUUAGGAAGGGGAGGAGGGUGGCAAAGAGUAGGAAGUUGAGGAAUGGAAGGUGGAGGAUUAGAGUGAAGGAUCCUAGAAGAGAUCGUUUGAUCAAGGGAUGAAGAGAACGCAAAAUUAGUUUUGUACUCGAAAAGUGGGUGGUAGUAUGGUAGAGUAAUUUUGUGGCGUAAUCCAAUUAUUCAUAUCGAUGAAGUUUUAUAUUGGUUUGAAGCAGAUUUUUCUAGACAUGGUAAUGGGUAGAUUCAUUGGAUAAUUUGACCUAACUGUCAUGACUCAUCUGAGUAUUGGGUCAGAUUGAAUGGAUUUAUAUGCACUUUAAAUGAUUUCGGAUUUGGUUUGGUCUGAAUUGGAUCCUAUUUGGUCAAUUCAUUUGGGUUAGACCCAAAUGGAUCUAAUUGGUUCUUGAUUAUUGUAUAGACAAAAAAAUAAUAUCAACCAUUUCAUUAACUAACUUCAAUCUAAUUAUACACUUUUUAGCGUAGGUGUUUCCACCUUUUAUUUUUUUCUUAACAAAAAAUAAGACAAAAAUUACAUUAUAAACGUAUACUCAUUUUCUUUUGAAUUUCUAAUGAGCCAAAUUUAGACCAAACUAAAAAUUUGGGUAUGAAUAUGUCGUGAAAUUAAAAUUAUCUAAACUUAAUUUUUCCUAUAAUAAGAUGGGUUUGAAUAUACCCAAACAUCGAAUCCUUUUUACUAUCUCCAAUUUUUUCUAUCAAAUCCCUGAUACGCCAAUACUGUACAUUUUCGUAAACGUUAAACACUAAUCUAAAAACAUGAAUAAAUGGAGAAUUACUUGUUUUCUAAUCAUAGCGGUGAUGUAUGGGAAAAUAAAAAGGGUUCAACAAUACUACAGAUAGUAAAGUUUUAAACGGAUAAAGUACAUACGUCCUUAUAUACGCGUAUUAAACAAAUUAUUGAAUAACUAUGGUUGGAAAUUGCCAAGACACAUCUAACUUUUAGGAGGAAAAUAUUGCCAUAUAUGUCUAAAUUAAUUAUCAAACUCCCCACCUUGAGGUCAGGGAUGGCGAUGGGGCAGGUCCGGAGCGGGUUUCUUGGUACCCAGACCCGCCUCGUGGCAGGUCGGGUCUAGGUCGGUAAUUUAUCACGGGUAACGGGUCGGGGCAGGUCGACCCAAUGGGUAAGCAAUUUAUAUGAAAAAUAUUAGAAAUAUUCGUUAUUUUUAUUAUAAGACCAUAGAAACAAACAAUAUUAUGAUAAAUAUAGUAAAAUUAUUGGAGAAAUUGAAGUUUUCACUAAUUUACAACUUUAUUAUAGCUAAAAUUUGAUUUAGUAAAAGGAAAAUCCUAAGUAAUUUGAAUAAAAUUACGUGUAAUUUAGGCAAGAACGGGUCGAGAAUGGGGCGGGUCAGGGCAGGUCGGGUCGAUGAGAGUACCCAUUCCUGCCCCGCCCCGCCUACGGGGUGGGUCGGACCCGUCCCAACACAUGUAGAACAGGUCAGGUACAACGGGUCAGGUCAAAUUGCCAUCCCUACUUGAGGUGGUAUACGAGUGUUCUGGAACUACAACAUUUUUUUGUUCUUAUUUUAAUAUAAAUGAAUUUAUUACACUUCAAAAAAAUCUACAAUUGGAAUAAAACUCUAAUCAAUGG